AUGGAGGCAGCUUUGGGGGGUCUUGGACGAUGUUCGUGUGCGUUUUGGCUCGCUGUCGCUUUUGACUUGUUUGGUUUAAGCAUUCUUUUGGUGGGAGUAUUUGCAGAUCUGUUCUUCUACGACUUUCUUAUUUAUGCCGGCGCCAUCAUUAUAUUUUUGAGUCUUAUUUGGUGGGUAUUUUGGUACACGGGGAAUAUUGAGGUACCACCGGAAGAUCUCGAGGAUGACGUCGGGUUGUUGAAAAAGGACAAGGGGAUCUCAGGUGUGGUCAGAAGGCUGUCUAACCGCCUUUCUAAUGGAAUUAGGAACUCAUUCAGGAGGAACGGGGCGCCUCGAGGUCACAGCGCGGGAUCAAGGGCGAUGCCCUCGCGCUCCACACAAACACGGGACGGCAGCUAUCAAGUGCCGGUAACUCUUCCCAUGAGUUCUCAGGAAAACGUGAACACCAUUUCUGCAGCUGUUGAUGGCGACUCUUCUGGAUCACAGAACAUCACCGAGACAUCAGCCAUCUGAGUGAGGAGUCCAGAGGAGUCCAGAGGAGUUCAGAGGAGUCCAGAGGAGUUCAGUAUGCAGAUGGCAACAUGAAAGCAGACUCAGACCCGUUUUUCUGUCUGUAGAAGUUUACAGUGUCAUCAGGCUUUUUACAUCUUAGCAUUUCAUAUUUUAGGUUCUUUUUUGUCCUUUUUUUG